AGAGUGUUUCUAUAGCACGGCAUCACAGAAGCGUAAAGUUUGGAAUCAUUAUUCCUGAUCUGGAGAGGAAUUCAAUACAGAAGCGUCGUAUCCUAACAACUCCCGAUGAGGUUCUAUUGGGCAGAUGAUCUACAGCAUGUUUCGCAGUCGCGAAGAUGAAUUCAAAGUCAGACCGCGGAUGAUGUUUGAGCGCAUGAUGCACAGGGGCAAAUUUAACGGGGCUUUAAAAAUCCAAAGCUGGGAGCCGUCUGAUCGAUCCACGUGGUUGAGAGUGCACACACAUUCACGGCGUCGAGCAACCGCGGCGGAGUACGCGUGCCAUGUGCCUGGUGUUGUGCCGUGGUUGUGGAUCUGUUGCAGUGUGGAAAAGGGAGUUUGAGCUUGUCUGAUGGGAGAGCUGGUUUGAAGCCAUUCUUCAGGUCAGAGGAAUAGCAAGGCGUGAUUGUGCAAUGAAAUCAAGAAUAGUUAAAUAAACCUUAGAGAUAUUUAUG